UCAUCCAUCUUAAAAUGCAAGCGACGGCAACCACCCACCCUCCUCCACCACCUUUCCCUCUUUGGAUCAUCUCAGCUUGUAUCCCUUUCUUCCACCUUGGUCUCUAUACUUCUCUGGGACGUCGUUGGCCAUGGGGCGUGGCUUCCUUUCCCUGAUCCUCGCACUCGGGGCCGCCAUAGGGGCUGCCCGUGCGCAGAGCUGUGAGGAAGAUCUCCCUGCCGCUCUCACCAAUUAUUCCGGCCUCGCCUGCACGCCCGUCUGGAAUAAUUUUAUCCUCAGGUACUCCAAGGACCAAGACAAUGUUUUGCGCAUUGUCCUAUCUACUACAUAUGCCACUGGGUGGGUUGGGAUGGGAUUCUCGAAGGAUGGAAUGAUGGUUGGCUCCAGUGCAAUGGUGGGCUGGAUGGGCAAGACUGGCAUACCUCAUAUCAAACAAUACUAUUUAGGUGGAAAGUCUAGUUCAGAAGUCAAAUUAAACCGGGGGCAGCUGCCGACUGCUGCUGUUCCACCUACAGUUGUUGUUGAUCAGGCCAAAAUCUACAUAGCGUUUCAAUUGAAAUUUUCAGCUCCAAUUACUCAGCAGAAACUUCUGUUCGCUCUUGGGACUAAAAUUCCAGUCAAUAAGCGCUUAACAAUACAUGAUGAUAAGACAUCUAUUUCCUUUGACUUCGCAUCAGGUACUUCAUCUGCUUCUUCCUCCUAUCCAUCCAAUCUCAAAAGGACCCAUGGAGCACUAGCUAUAUUUGGAUGGGGUGUGCUCUUACCUAUAGGAGCCAUUGUUGCAAGAUAUUGCAAGCAAUGGGAUCCAUUAUGGUUUUACCUUCAUGUGGUCAUUCAACUUAUUGGAUUUGUUUUUGGUCUUGCGGCUGUGGUGGCUGGAGUCGCACUAUAUGACAAACUGCAUGCAAAUGUUACUGCACACAGGGGCCUUGGCAUUUUUGUCCUUGUGCUGGGUAUUCUUCAGGUGAUAGCAUUUUUCCUACGACCUGAUAAGGACUCCAAAAUCCGCAAGUACUGGAACUGGUACCACCACUGGGCUGGAAGGCUUGCACUCUUUUUUGCAGCAGUUAACAUCGCUCUUGGGAUCAAAGUUGGAGGUGCGGGGAGUUCCUGGAAAAUCGGUUAUGGUUUCAAUCUUGCCAUCCUGCUGAUUGCGUCUAUCGUUCUGGAAGUCCUGCUUUGGACAAGAUGGUCCAAGAGAUCUGCCGCUUAUCCAACAACAUAUUAGCUGCAACUUGUUUUGUAAUCAUUAAGAUUAAGGUAUGGUUUUAAUAAUUAGGUGUGAUGUUGGUAAGUUUUCUUUGUUACAUAUCUUUCAACAACCAUUUUGAGUUUACCAAUCGCAGUCUAUGUUGGUGCUCUAAUCCGUUCCAUCUUUUUCUCUUUUAUUUUUUGUAAAAAAGUGAUUUGUCUUGAUUUGACAUUCGAUCAAAAGUUUCCUUCCUUCUUUUCCAUUUGGUGGAUUUCA